CCUAAAAUGUAUGAUACACGUGGUCAUUUAUGGUAUGCAUACAUUAUUCAUUGUACAAAUUAUAUUAGUGUUGCCAUUUUUGUAACUGUAAUGUUACAGUAUCUUAUUUGAACUGAGGAACGGAAUGACUUUACUCCUGCAUGACUUCAUUACCCAAACAACACUUCGCAGACAUAAGACUCAUCACCGUAUUAUUGCGGAAGUGUUGAGGCAGGAUUAUAACUAUAGCUCAGUGGAUUAUAAUCACAGAGUUUCUGAUUUCGAUUUUCACAGCUCCGUCGCUUCUGCAAAAUAUAGAUGGUCAUUUUGCUAUAUCUCUGAAUUCUAAAGAAACACGGGAUAUGGCAGCUUUAAAGUAUGCUGGUAUGGACGAUACAGACAGCGAGGAUGAGCUGCCCCCAGGAUGGGAAGAGAGAUCUACGAAGGAUGGAUGGGUUUACUAUGCGAAUCAUGAGGAAAUGAAGACUCAGUGGGAUCAUCCCAAAACAGGGAAGAAGAGACGCUGUGCUGGAGAUCUACCGUAUGGAUGGGAGCAGGAGAUGGAUGACAAAGGACAAAUCUUCUAUGUGGAUCACAUUAACAAGAGGAAGACCUACUUUGACCCGCGGCAGGCGUUCACUGUGGAGGACGUGCUGGUGAAGCCCAAGCGUUACGAUGGGAAUACUGCAGCCCUGGAGAUCCUGCAGGGUCGUGACCUCUCAGACAGGGUGGUCCUCAUCACCGGGGGAAACUCUGGCAUCGGUUUUGAGACAGCCAAGUCGUUUGCCCUCCAUGGGGCCCAUGUGAUCCUGGCCUGUAGGAAUCUCUCCAAGGCCAUCAAGGCUGUCAGCCUCAUACAGCAGGAGUGGCACAAGGCCAGGUUGGAGGCCAUGAUGUUGGACCUGGCCUCUCUCCGCAGUGUCAGAGAGUUCGCUGACUCCUUCAAGACCAAGAAACUGUAAGUAACCUGCUAUGUCUGUUUAUUCCUAUGAGCUAUUACUGUAGCAAUAUGAACUGCCCCAGGGUUCCACUAAAACACUCUCCGUAGUCGAU